AUGGGCUGUGCGAGCUCUCGAGAGGUCGGUCUCGGGGACGAGUGCGCGAGCCCGUGCCCGCGCGAGCCAUCGAGGAAGGACGUCCUCCGCAGCAAGCUCGACCAGCCGUUCGUGCCCGGCCGGCGCUUCCACGCGCCGCACGGCGAGAUGUCGCAGGUCUACGAAGCAGCGCGGCGGUCCAGGACCUCGCUGAACGAACCGAGGACGUCCCUCGGGGUCGCUCCGUCCCCCCGCAGCAUAAGCCAGGGGCGCGCGCGGGCGGUGAGGGUCACGGUGCUGGACACGGCCGACACGCAGGGGCUGGACAGUGGUUCGAACAAGUUCCUCCGCAGCCCGCUGCCGCGGCAGAAGUUGCGCUUGUCCCGCCACGCCGAGGACCGGAGGCACUCGCUGUCCAAGGCGCCGAACAAGACGGCCUCGAACGCCUCGGCCCACCUGCGGCACGCGCCCUCGCCACGGUCGUUCGUCGACGCCCCCCUGCAUCCCCGCACGUCGUCGCGCCGCACACACUCCCUGCACAUUGAGCGCGUGAUGCACGUCAGGCGGCAGUUCGCAGCGUCGUUCUCGGAGCAGAAGGCCGCCGCAGUGCGCCUCAAGGCACACCAGAGAUCCGCCUUCGCGAGCCCGGACGCGGUGCUGCGCGACACCGACGCCGAGGCGCGCGGCACGCCGGCCGACGCGCACGUGGCGCGGCAGGAGGAGUUCACGGCCGGCGGCGCGUACUGGGCCGACCGGAUGCUCGAACAUGGCCGGAAGAUGCGGAACAUCUGCUUCUGA